CGAGCCAGCUCGCUUACAACUACGUUACCCAUGAGCGACCGCGACAAACGUGUUUUUGUCGGAAGUGCUCCUGUUACGUCAUUACUGUAGCAUCCGGUUGAGGAGUGGAGGACUGAGCUUGGACCAGAACGAGCCUGCAGCUGCAGACAGUCAUAGCACUGCUCAGUUUGCUGCGAGUGGACGAAGCUCUGACUCAAUGAAAUCAAGAGCCACUCAACUUUAGCGAGGUGAGGUGAGAGGCUGUCAGUCCCACACUCAUCAGCGAUCCAGCCCAGGACAUGAAUAAGCAGCCGAGUAAGGAGAGCCUUAAGGAUAAGGUCAAGGGGAUUUUUGGGCUAGGAACAACUCGCCCCCCCAGCAAACAAUCAGAUGCAAAAUCAUCAGAAUUCAUAAUCACAAUUGAAAUCAUAAAGGAACUACAGCCAGACUGUGGUCUUAGUAACAGAGUUCGUAUGAUGAAUCAUGUCUGCGACCUUGCCAAAACAAAAAAAUUUGAGGAGAAUGCAGUGGAGGCGGUAUGGAAAUCUGUGGUGGACAUGCUGACUCCAGAGCAGCCACUUGAGGCCAGACAUGCUGUCCUGCAGCUACUGAGGGCCAUUAUACAGGGACAGGGUGAGCGCCUCGGCCCACUGAGAGCCUACUUUUUCAAGGUGAUCAGAGACUACCAACCCAGCAAUGAAGACCUAUCUGAUAGACUGGAGGUUUUUAAGGCUUUAACAGAAAAUGGAAAAGACAUCACCUAUCUGGAGGAAGACAUAGCACGCUUUGUCCUCCUGUGGAUGGACAUAGGCUUCACGUCUGACUUUCUCCAUGUUCUUGUAAAUCUGGUGAAGUUCAAUAGCUGCUACCUGGACCAAAAUGUCUCGAUCAUGGUCCAGAAAAUUUGUCUUCUGUGCAAUAGAACAACAUCUUCAACAGAUAUUGAGGUUGCACUACAAGUCCUGGAUGCAGUGGUGUGCUACAACUGCUUGCCCUCAGACUCUCUCACUGUCUUCAUAAUCACACUGUGUCGUACUGUCAAUGUCAAGGAGUUUUGUGAAUCUUGCUGGAAGCUGAUGAGGAAGGUGUUGGGGACUCACCUUGGCCACAGUGCUAUUUACACCAUGUGCCGCAUUAUGGAGGAAAGGGUGUACAUGGAGGAUGCACCAUUGUUAAGAGGAGCAGUAUUUUUUGUUGGAAUGGCACUGUGGGGCGCACACAGACUUCCAGCCCUCAAAAACACACCCACAUUGGUCCUGCCAUCUUUCUACAAGGCCAUGUCAUGUGCCAAUGAGGUGGUGUCCUAUGAAAUCGUCCUCUCCAUCACCAGGCUGAUCAAGAAGUAUGGGAAGGAGCUGCAGGUGGUCACCUGGGACAUCCUGCUGGGCAUCAUAGAGCGACUGCUGCAGCAGAUCCAGACAAUAGGCAGUGCAGAGUUAAAGGCCAUCGUCUACGAGCUGCUGACCACAGUGGAGGAGCUAUAUGAGCAGAAUGGUUACCACGGCUCCACAGAGAAGUUCUUCAGUCUGGUGGAGAAAUGUGCUGACAAAAGACCCGAUGCAUCAGUGCUGACCCUCAUCUCCUACAGGGCCCAGUCCAUCCAGCCAGCCAAGGAUGGCUGGAUUCAGAGCCUUCACCGUCUCAUGGAAAAGUUUUUCAGGAACGAGACUCGUAGUGUGAUAAGGAUCAAGGUGCUUCACAUCCUGUCCUUUGUUCUCAGCACCAACCGGCAGCUAUACGAGGAUGAGUUGAUUGAAAUGGUGGUGAUCCCACAGCUAAGUGGGAUAGCUGAAGACCGAGACCUGGCUGUCAGAAAACAGGCCACCCAGCUGCUGGUGGACCUCGCUGAGGGCUGCAACACACACCACUUCACCAGUCUACUGGACAUUAUAGAGCGGGUGGCCAGUCGCUCUCUGGUGUGUUCAGGGCCCCUGGAGGUUACCGAAAGAGACCCCACAGCAGAGUCUCCUAUGGAGGAUGUUAGGACUGCUAUACUGGGCUUGCUGGAAAUCCUUCAGAGCAAACUUUACAGCCUACCAGCCAGUCAUGCUGGUCGUGUUUAUGAGUUGCUUAUCAGCCACCUGCAGCUUCACUACAAGAACAAGUAUUUAUCAGUUAUUGCAUCCAGUAUUAGACUACAGGUGUUUGACUUCUUCUUGAUGAUGCGUGCAGACUCUCUUCACCGUCUCGGAGUCCCCAACAAAGAUGGAGUCAUAAGGUUCAGCCCUUACUGCCACUGUGACACAGGGGAGCCAGAAAAGCGAGUCAGUGAAAAGAAGCCAACAGGCUCAAUAUCUCCUCCUGCUGGUAGCCCAGCUCCCCCUCCUGCUCCUCCCCCUUCAACAAUCUCUAUUCGCUCAGCGUACCUGCCCUACGCACCUGCUUUCAGUGUCCUCCUGCAGUCCCUCAAGAUGGAGACAGAUUGGAAGGUGUUAAAGCUUGUUCUUGACAAGCUGCCAUGGAUGCUGCAGUACAAAGUGCUGCUGCUGACAUCGCCGUGCAGCUUGGACCAACUCUGCUCAACACUCUGCUGCAUGGUGACAGACCGUCUGAUCUCGGAGCGCUUGAGGAAAACUCCGGAAGGGUUUUCCCGCACUGACGUUCAGCUGGCGGUGGUUCCUGUCCUCACGGCGAUCACCUCCUACCACAACUAUCUGGAGCAGUCUCGACAGAGAGAGCUGGUUCAAUGCCUUGAGACUGGCCUCAUUUACCGCUGUGCCAAGCAGUGUGUAGUGGCUCUGACAAUGUGCACUGUGGAGAUGCCUGACAUCAUGAUCAAGCUUCUGCCUGCUCUUAUUGUCAAGCUCACCCACAUCUCUGCCACUGUUGCCAUGGCAUCUCCUAUGCUUGAGUUCCUCUCCACGCUGGUGCGUCUGCCCCAUCUCUAUGCCAACUUUGUAGCUGAGCAGUAUGUCAGUGUGUUUGCCAUCUCCCUACCCUACACUAAUCCCUCCAAGUUCAAUCAGUACAUUGUGUCUCUGGCCCAUCAUGUGAUCGCCAUGUGGUUUAUACGCUGCAGACUUCCCUUUCGCAAAGACUUUGUUCAGUACAUCACAAAGGGCUUGCGUUCCAAUGCCCUGUUGCCGUUCGACGACGGUCAUGAGCAGAGUCCAUUUCGCGCUCGAAGCACCAGCCUUAAUGAAAGACCCAAGAGUCUGCGGGCGGCAAAAAUGGCGAAGGCAGCAGCGGCGGUAGCCAAUAACAGCAGCUCUCCUGUUAAAGAGCUGAGGGACCUGUCAGCCAUGGACGCUUUCCGAUCCCGCAGCAUCAGUGUCUCCGAACAUGCGGUCCGCAGGAUGCACACAUCGACCACUACAUGCAGCCUGGGCUCUGCUGAUGAAAAUGCUGUGACUCAGGCGGACGAGGGGUUGAAGACCGUACACCUGGAGCUCACGGAGACCUGUCUGGACAUGAUGGCACGAUAUGUGUUUUCCAACUUCUCUGCACUGCCAAAGAGAUCUCCCAUUGCGGAAUUCCUGUUGGCGGGGGGACGUAGUAUGACCUGGCUUGUGGGCAACAAGCUGGUGACCAUAACAACCAGUGGAGGCGUCAGAACUCAAGCACUGCUCGGCCUCGACAUGGCUGAACGGCUGGGAGGAGGAGGGGAAAUGACCAGGUCAGAUCCAUCACUCCACACUCGAAUAACCAAAGAGGCUCCAGCCAAGCUGGAGUCACAGUCAAGCCAGCAGCACAACAGAGCCUCACGCAUAAGGGUCCGCUCCAUGUCAGGUGGCCAUGCUUUACGUGCUGGACCCGCUCAAAGUCUUAGUCCUCUCGUGUCCCCGUCUGAGGGUGAAUUGGCUGCUCCUCUCUCUCCUUCCUCUGGCCCCGCCCUUGAAGCCCUCGGUCCUCCCUCCGCCACCUCUGCCACGCCCUCUGCACCCACUCCCCUCAAAGACAACCCCAGUCUGGCUGACUUUGUCCCCAUACUCACACAGGGCUGGGCCGAGAUCUUCAUCCGGAGACCGUCUGGUAACACGAGCUGGCUGAUGUGUCUGGAAAACCCACCCAGUCCCUUCUCCUCUGAGCUGGGCAACAUGCCUCUGCAGGAGCUCUCCAGUGUCCUGAUGGCGAUGGAGGGAGUGAAGGAGACCCCUACCCAAACUGCCAGUGCUCCUGCCAGCACUGCGGCUCCCACACCGGCACCUAUCUCUGAGCCCCUGACACAAACCCAGAGCGGUGUGGUAGGGAAGGCAAACCUGAUCCAGCGCUCCAACACGGUUUGCGGGUCUCUCUGGUCUCUGGGUCUGGGCUCUGCCCCCUCAGGCCCUCCAGCCCCUGGCAGGUUGCACAGGAGCAUUUCCUGGGCAGAGUCCGUGGUGGUACUAGAGGAAGGGUCAGGGGUCAGCGCAGCACACACGCCACCUGACAGGCUGGAGAGCGAAGAGUUUGAGCCGAUGACCUCUGAUCCCAUCUUCAUGUCUGCUGACAAAUUCACAAAGACUCCACCUCCUGGGACCCUCAGCAGGUCCUCUUCCACCUCCAGUCAAGAUGAUGAGAAGUCGACUCUGGAGGAAGUAAGUGAAGGAGCCAUUCCCAUCGAUCAACCCUCCACUCCAGGCAGCCAGGGGCCAGAGCUUCCUUUCCAGGCUCAGUCUCAGUCCCAGGGUCAUGGACUUAAUAAGUCCAGCUCCUCCCCAGAGCUCCAGACGCUACCUGAAGCCUUCGCCAAAGCUGCAAAGGAGUCCGAGACCGCACUGGCUGACCCUAUCCAGCCCAGAGUGCCUUCAGAUGGCAAACCUCAACCCCAGCAGCCUCACUUUGAGAAGGAGAAGGUGGAGGGAAGCACAGCACCUGACAUUAAUGGACUCGGAGGUCAGAGCCAAGGUCUUGACGGUCCAGGUGCAGCAUCAUCUCAAAGUGGAGGAGCGAGGAUGAGGUUGGAGUUUCCAGCAGCAGCAGCAGCACAACCUGGAGCCAUCUCUCCCGGCGGUGGCCACAGACCACGGGGUCACACCAUCUCUGUGUCGGCGCCGUCCAGGAGAGAAAGGAGGACAGAGAGGGACUCGUAUCAUGGUCGGCCAGGACCUGGCAACGCAGAAAAGAUUUCUGGCCUGAGUCCCAGCUUCGUCUUCCUGCAGCUGUACCACUCUCCUUUCUUUGGGAACGAGGCCAACAAACCACUGCUGCUGCCCAAAACUCAGGUGAUUGACCGCGCUGUAAAGGUCUUGGACCAGAUGCCGCCUUACGACACCCACAAGAUUGGAGUGGUGUUUGUGGGAGCUGGUCAGGUGAACAACGAGGUGUCGAUCCUCUCCAACGAGUACGGCUCGAACCGCUACGCCGCCUUCCUGACGGGCCUCGGCAAAUUGAUCCACCUGAAAGACUGUGACCCCGACCAGAUCUUCCUCGGAGGGCUCGACCAAUACGGAGAUGACGGAGAGUUCACCUACUGCUGGCAUGACGACAUCAUGCAGGCCAUCUUUCACAUAGCCACACUGAUGCCAAACAGGGAGAGCGACAAGGGCUGCUGCAACAAAAAGCGUCACAUUGGCAACGAUUUUGUGAUGGUGGUGUACAACGACGCUGGAGAGGACUACAAACUGGGCACCAUCAAGGGUCAGUUCAAUUUUGUGGAAGUCAUCAUAAAACCACUGGAUUAUGAAUGUAACCUGGUGACCCUCCAGUGCCGCAAAGACCUCGAAGGUUUAGUGGAUACAACGGUGGCAAAAAUUGUAUCCGACCGCAACCUUCCUCUCUUAGUCAGACAGAUGGCCUUGCAUGCGAAUAUGGCUUCCUUGGUGCAUCAGCACCGAGCAAACCCCUCUGAUGCUUAUGCCUCCAAGUGGUUGGCAAGAUUGAGGCACAUAAAGCGGAUCAGGACCCGGGCUCUUGAAGAUAUUCAGUCUCGCUCGACUCCGGGGAUCUCACUGACCCAGGGACACGCUCAGCCAAAUAAAACAUUUCAGCAGAGCGCUUCAGCGUCGAACGCCGAGACAUCGGGUCAGAGAAAGAGACUCGUUUCCACAGUGGAUGAUUUCACUGAUUUUGUUUAAUUCUGUUCAUAAUCCCUGGCCGAUCAACAAGCACACACAUGAUCAUAGGCAGGAUGUGUUUAUUAGUGGAAUAAACCGUGAGCAUGAAAUGUG